CAAAAUAAAGUCCAGAAAUGAUAUUCCAACGGCCAAAUCCAAACCAGUGAGUUGAAACGGUUUAUAAAAGCUUACACAUAAAAGCUCCCUCAAUUCUCACAAGCUGAUCACUGAAUUUUAGACAUGGCCUUGGAGAAGAGAUCUCUGCCUCUGGUUGUUAUGCUUACCUUGUUUUUGUUGAAGGUUUCCAAUGCAGCUGUGUACAAAGUUGGAGACUCUGGUGGCUGGACCACCAUUGGCAAUAUUGAUUACAAGCAAUGGGCUGCUACCAAAACCUUUCAACUUGGUGACACUAUCCUUUUCGAGUACAAUUCUCAGUUUCACAAUGUGAUGCAAGUGACUCAUGCUAUGUACAGAGCAUGCAAUGCUUCAGCCCCUUUGGCCACUUACACUACUGGCAAUGACUCCAUCACAAUUAAAACUAAAGGGCACCACUUCUUCUUCUGUGGCGUCCCGGGACACUGCCAAGCUGGACAAAAGGUUGACAUUAACGUGCUUCGCACAAGUGAUCAACCGGCUGCAGCUCCUUCGGGUGCAGUGUCCUCUCCUCCUUCCGUCCCUGCAGCAAAAGUUCCAGGGCCUUCUCCGAAUAAUGCUGUCUCAUUGAAAACUUUGACAUCUCUUCUUGGUAAGUUCGGCUUGACAAUGGUCGUAGUUUUGCUAUUUUUGUCUUCAGGCCUUAGUUAGCGUAGCUUGUGAGCUAUUUGGAGGUGGUGUUGUGUUGAACUAUUUUGAGGCCUCUGGGGUGUAAGAUUUCGUUUUGUGUUCCGGCAACAAUGUCGAGAAUAUAGUCAAAUGGAUCGUUUUACUACACUAGAAAAAUAACAUCUGUAGAGAAGUUUUAUCAAAUUUGCUCAUUCUUAUUGAUUAUAUGCAGCAAUUUGUUAUUCAUACCUACAGUGUCGUAGAAU